AUGCUAGAUGACCAGACGUAUUCUGCGACAAAAGUAGAAUUUGAACAACGGCUCUACCAUGACUUGGAAGAACUGGAUGAUCCGUUGGAGUUGUUUUUGGAAUACAUAUCCUGGUUGCAUCAAUACCAUCAGGACGGUGCUGAGCUGUCGCAGUUGUUGAGGCGGUGUAUCGACUAUACUUCUAGUAUAGACACUUAUUCAAACGAUCCACGGUUUUUGAAGAUAUGGCUAUGGUAUAUUCAGUCAUCGUUUGCAGCUGAUCCCAUGGCACAAUUAAAAGAAUUUGAUAAAAUGUUGAACUAUGAGAAUGGUUUGCGAUUAGCAUUAUGGUAUGAAGAAGUCGCUAAAGUAUUGCAUCAAUUGAAUCAUUUGGAUAGAUGUUUGAUGGUGUUGCAACACGGUAUUAAUAACAACGCAAGACCAAUGGUAAGAUUGAAACGGAUACUGGAAGAGUAUCAAUCGAUCGGCGCUACGGAUAACACGGAGCAUGAACUACUCUCAUUGCAUGAUUGUUUGACUGUUUCAAAGGAUCCUAUUUAUAAAAUUAUUGAAGUGGACGGGAGAAAACCUGAAAGAAUAGAUUGUAAUUUUGAUUUAUUAUAUACUGAGAAUGACGAGGAGUUUAAUGUCGAACAAUUGCUAGCUAAAGUAAGAGGUGUCUAUUAUCAUAAUCAUAAGCAAAAGAUUGACGUGUAUCAGGAUCUUACUGAGGAUCUUUCUUUACCAACUAGAUCUAAUACAAAACAUAAGAUAUAUGUGGAUACGACAGAGGAACUGACUCCAUUGAAAGUGAAAAAAAUGACAUUGACUGCUACAUCGAUGACUGCUUCCACCACUACUAACCAAAUUGUUAAUGAUCAAUAUACAAACGUCACUAGUACUUCCUUAUUACCUUUGAAAGAUGAUAUGUUAGAGAAGAAACCAACAAAAAAGGAUUCUGUAUUGACUCCACAUUCUCCUACCGUGACUAUGUUUUCAAAGGACGCAAUGGAUGACGUAUAUUCAAUGUUUAAUCAACAAGGACAACUCACACAGGAUGAUACAAUCUCCAAUACUACUACUACUACUACUAUUACUCGUAAUAACAACAACAACAAUACAACGAAUAGAUACGCUGUCUUUGAAGGAGACGGGUUUACACAGGAUUUUACUAGACCUAAUAUCGACGAUUUGACAGAAGUGAAACCGAAAAGUUUAUUACCGUCAUUCCAACAAUCUCAAUUGGAUAGUCAUGACAAUGACAUCGAUAACGUUACAACAGAAUAUAAAAGUACUUUACAAGAAUUCAUGACACCAAUACAAGAACAUACUGAACAUACUGAACACACUGAACAAAAUGAAUUCACAGAUAUAAAAUCUACUCAAAGUUCACCAUUUUUGACACAACCACCUUCGACAAUAAGAACUGCUCCUUCAAAACCAUUAGUAGUAGAACAUCCAUUGGAUUCAUCUUUAAGAAACCAAUUGUUAUUAACAAUCGAUCCACCAUUGGAUCAAUAUCAAACUUUUUAUAGAUAUAAUCAAUCAUUGAGAAUGAGCACAUUAUUGAAAAAAAUUCAUAAAUUAUCAAAGUCGGAAAACAAAAGUCCAAUUGUAGAUUUUAAAAAGACAGGAGAUUUAUAUUGUAUUAGAUCAGAAUUAGGUCAAGGUGGUUACGCUAUUGUAUAUUUAGCGGAAUCAAGUACAGGAAAUUUAAAGGCCUUAAAGAUCGAAAGACCUGCAAGUGUUUGGGAAUACUAUAUCAUGAAACAAAUAGAGACAAGGCUCUCUGGUCAACAAAUCUUGAAAUCAAUCAUUCAUGUUGACUCAUUACAUUAUUUCCUGGAUGAAAGUUAUUUAGUAUUAAAUUAUGCUAAUCAAGGUACGGUAUUAGAUUUAAUUAAUUCAGUAGAUAAUGAUACAAAGACUGUCGAUGAAUUGUUAUGCAUGUUUCUAACUAUAGAAUUAAUGAAAGUUAUCGAAUGUAUUCAUGAUAUUGGAAUCAUUCAUGGAGAUUUAAAACCUGAUAAUUGUAUGAUACGGUUUGAACCCAUUCUAACAAAUUUAAAUGAUAAUGAACAAGAAAGGCAAUCAUCACGAUUGGGACAUUAUAAUAGACACUCAAGGGAUGGUUGGAAUCAUAAAGGUAUAUAUUUAAUUGAUUUCGGUAGAUCCUUCGAUAUGAGCUUGUUUCCCCAAGGAACAACUUUUAAAUCUGAUUGGAAGACCGAUCAACAGGAUUGUAGUCAAAUGCGAUUAGGUAAAGAAUGGACAUUUGAAGCAGAUUAUUAUGGAUUAGCUGGUAUAAUCCACUCAUUAUUAUUUGGACAAUUCAUCGAUACCAUUAGAUUACCUAACAAUAAAUACAAAUUAAGAAAACCAUUCAAACGAUAUUGGCAUACUGAAAUAUGGGAAGAUAUUUUCAAUCUCUUAUUAAAUAGUGGAGAUAAUAAUUAUGGAGAAUUACCUGUUACAUCAAAAUUAAGGACUUUAAGACAAUCAUUAGAAAAUAUCUUGGAACAAGAUAGUAAUAGUGACAAAUUACGUAGAAUCGUAUUAGAUUUGGAGACUGAUUUAAUGUCGAAGGAUAAAACGAACGAGACUCAUAUCAACAAAUAA